AUCCUAAGCUAAGCCUCAUAUUCCUUCCUUAUCAUAUAUGCCAGAUGCCAUUGCCAAGCGCUGCUAAGAGGCAGCUGAGCAGCAACCACACCACAGAAUACAGUUCCUUCUCUUUUCUUCCAUCUCUCUCCAUCCAUCCCCCCAACCUCUCUGCUGGAUUUGAACACAGGAUCCAUGCUUGGCUAAUACAUCUGAAUGGAGGGGCACACUGACAUGGAGAUACUAAGGACAGUGAAAGGGUCUUCCACAGGGGAGGUCAACGUGCACCUGGUGGCCAGAGACAGCGCAGGUCCCCACCCUCCGCUGCCUACAACCGCCUUCAUUAUUCCUACCAAUGCAGCUACCCUUGGUCUGCCUAGCACUGCCCUGGAUGUGCCCUACCCGCGGGAGCCAGUCCACGUGGGCACCCUGGAGCGGGUGGCUGGCAGUGAACCUGUAACAGCUACUAUUCUGCCACAGCUAAGCACCGGAACGGGGACCAAUAGCGCAGUCAGGCUUCUGGAUUGGACUGGCGUUUCUGCAUCUUUGCCUGGUAGUGGCAUGAGGUUCCGGAUAAACGAGUACACGCCACUGAACAUGAUAGGAGUGGAGCGACCACGAAGCCCGGAGCAGCGACAUGAGGGUGGCAUGGCUAGGAGAGAUGCAGGCAUCCAACACCCUGAUGUUCACCAGGACCCUCAAGAUGUCACUUCUCUGGAAUCCCCAGUAGACGCGAGUUCCUGCAAGUGCCAGGCUUGUGGGCCUCAACAAAGUAUUGGCCUAGACGUUGGCUCAUCGGGAGACCGAUGCCCUCAGCCUUUCCAGAAGCGGUCAGUCAUAGUAGAGAACUCAGGCUGUACCAUCGCUUCUGAGCUCCUGAAACCCAUGAAAAAGAGGAAACAUAAGGAGUAUCAGAGCCCAUCCGAGGAGUCCGAGCCGGAGGCCAUGAAGCAAGGAGAAGGAAAAGACCCAGAGAGAGAGCCCACCCCCAGCACCCCGAAGAAUGAAGAGUGGAGCAGAAGCCAGCUGGUGUCCAGUGAGAAGGAUGGCUGGUCCUGGGAGUCCUACCUAGAGGAGCAGAAGGCCGUCACGGCCCCAGUUAGCCUCUUCCAGGACUCCCAGGCAGUCACCCAUAACAAGAAUGGCUUCAAACUGGGCAUGAAGCUGGAAGGCAUUGACCCCCAACACCCGUCAAUGUACUUCAUCCUCACUGUGGCUGAGGUGUGUGGCUACCGCCUGCGCCUGCACUUUGAUGGCUACUCUGAGAGCCACGACUUCUGGGUCAAUGCCAACUCCCCCGACAUUCAUCCCGCUGGCUGGUUUGAGAAGACUGGACACAAGCUGCAGCUUCCCAAAGGUUACAAGGAAGAGGAGUUCAGCUGGAGCCACUACCUGCGCAGCACAAAAGCUCAGGCAGCCCCCAAGCACCUGUUUGUAAGCCAGAGCCACAGUACUCCACCGGUGGGCUUCCAGGUGGGCAUGAAGCUGGAAGCUGUGGACCGCAUGAACCCCUCCCUCGUCUGUGUGGCCAGUGUGACCGAUGUGGUGGACAGUCGCUUCCUGGUGCAUUUUGAUGACUGGGGCGAUACUUACGACUACUGGUGUGACCCCAGCAGCCCCUACAUCCACCCAGUAGGCUGGUGCCAGAGGCAAGGGAAGCCCCUCACCCCUCCACAAGACUACCCAGACCCUGACAGCUUCUGCUGGGAGAAAUAUCUAGAAGAAACUGGGACCUCGGCUGUGCCCACUUGGGCCUUCAAAGUGCGACCCCCUCACAGCUUCCUGGUCAACAUGAAGCUGGAGGCUGUAGACCGCCGGAACCCAGCACUGAUCCGGGUAGCCAGUGUGGAAGAUGUGGAGGAUCAUCGGAUAAAGCUCCACUUUGAUGGCUGGAGUCACAACUAUGAUUUCUGGAUUGAUGCUGAUCACCCAGACAUCCACCCUGCAGGCUGGUGCUCCAAGACAGGACAUCCCCUGGAGCCUCCUCUCCGGCCUAGAGAGUCCAGCUCUGUCUCCCCAGGGGGAUGCCCCCCUCUCAGCCACAGGAGCCCACCCCACACAAAGACCUCCAAAUAUAGCUUUCACCACCGGAAGUGCCCCACUCCUGGCUGUGACGGCUCCGGCCACGUCACUGGCAAGUUCACAGCUCACCAUUGCCUCUCUGGCUGCCCGCUGGUGGAGAAAAACCAGAGCCGGCUGAAAGCGGAGCUGUCCGACUCGGAGACCGCAGCCAGGAAGAAGAACCCGUCUAAUUUGUCCCCAAGGAAAAAGCCUCGCCAUCAAGGCCGGAUUGGACGCCCUCCAAAGUAUCGCAAGAUUCCAGAAGAAGAUUUCCAAGCCCUCCCUCCCAGUGUGGUUCACCAGUCCCUCUUCAUGUCCACCUUGCCGACCCACGCUGAUCGCCCACUCUCUGUGUGCUGGGAGCAACACUGCAAGCUGUUGCCAGGAGUGGCAGGCAUCUCAGCCUCCACCGUCUCCAAGUGGACCAUUGAAGAGGUCUUUGGCUUCGUUCAGACCUUGACGGGCUCUGAGGACCAAGCGCGCCUCUUCAAAGACGAGAUGAUUGACGGCGAGGCCUUCCUUUUGCUGACACAGGCGGACAUUGUGAAGAUCAUGAGUGUCAAGCUGGGCCCAGCCUUGAAGAUCUAUAACGCCAUUCUCAUGUUCAAAACCACUGAUGAUGCCUUUAAGUGACUGGUGGGGAGGGGGAGGGGGGCUCCUCCCAUCCUCACUGGGCUCCCUCAGCAAAUGGUGCUUCUCUCCCAACUUGAGUUCUGCACCCUUGCCCUCACUGUCUGAUUAGGUGCUUGGGAGCAGAGGAACCGGGGAAGCAGGUCUCAGCCCUCAGUCCUGGAGUUCAUUUGCCUCCAGUUACCCCGGGGAAGGUGUGACUUAACCGAGACCUGACUGAGAUAAGGGCCGCAGGUAUCCUGGCUAGGGUAGCCUGCAUCUUUAGCCACCUUGGUUAUUGUCUUAGGAAUUAGGAGGAGCUAAGUAGGGUAGGCAUCCUCUAUUCAGACCUAUGUCGCUCUUUGGCAUCUCUAUGUUCUUUCUCCUCCUUGGCCCAUCUCCUCCUAUGAAGAACUGACCAUGACCUUGGCAUACACAUUUACACAAAAGGCGUCUCCCUCCCUGUCCGCUGUUGGCUGUAUACCCUUGCUCCCCGUUCAUGGUCCAGCCAGGCCCCGUGGCUCUUCCCCUGUAGAUGCUUAAGUCUCAGAAAUAUGGGAGCAUCCUACUAGGAGCUUCUGGCUGUCUUUCCCCUUUUGCCUCUAGGCAGAGAUUGAGAGCCCAGGCACCACUUUCCUGAACACGUUCAGUUCAGGAUCACGCAGCAUUGAAGUGGGCAGUAAGGAGUGAGCAGAUGGUUAGAGCCCAUGUUCUGACAAGCAGGGCCUAAGUUCCCUGAUGCUGUCUCUGUUGGGUGUGGGGGAGAUGAAGUCUGCCCUGGCAAGCAGUCCAGACUAGGACAUCAGACACAUUGGGGUCUUUGACCGGAAGAGUAGCUCCAGAAAGCGUGAUGGCGGUAUCAUUUUCUCUGGCUGUAGCUCUCAGCCAAGAUACUGCACAUGAGGGAGAGGCCCCUGCCAGCCCAUCCCCCUGCCAGGAGGGUGUAGCAUUGGCUAGCACACAACCCCUAUGACAUCACAUUCACUCUGACCCUUAAACAUUUCUCAUUCUGCUCUGAGUCUAACGAAAGCCACUUAGAGUUGGAAAGGUUCUCUCUCCUGUCUCUGACCUACCUGGCCCUUCUUGCCAGUCUCCAACAGUCUCUCACUGCCAGCUAGGUUCCUGCUGGAGCUCUGGGACUCGUCGAACCUUUCUGUCCAAGUGGAGGUUCGGCCUCCACUCAAUUACUGCCAAACCCACCUCCCAGCCUAAGUGGGGAGGGAAC